AUGAAACAUACGAUUCUUCAAUUCGCAGUCUUUCUGGCCACCGCGGCUGCUAUCGCGAUUCCCACCAAAACUGCCGUAGCCACAGCCUCUGCCCAGAUACCCACGGCGCUCAACACCACCAACAUUCCGCCGUCCACAGGAGGGAAUAACGAACAAGAAGACGAGAAGGACAAAUUUAGACCCUGGACACAGUGGUCCUGCACCAUGAAAUACCAUCGCAAAACACGGCCGACUCAUACGCACGUCAUGCCACCGGCAGGAGAAACCACCAAGCGCGAACGGCCGUUAGAGUGGCAGCGCUGCGUAAAAGACCUCGCCAAGUAUCUGCCGCCUGGGGAGAUGGAGUCUCUCAAAAGCUUAGGAAAGAGGAACGGCACACGCUCCUCUUCUUCUACGGCAAAGGGCCACAAGGGCCACAAGGGCCACAAGGGCCACAAGGGCCAUAAGGGUCAUGAGGGUCAUGGUGACCAUCUUUCGUGCUUCAAGAAAUGCAUCGGGUUCAAGAUGCCUGUCGUAUCAAGGAAAUUAUCCGAGAACAUUAUGGAACCUGUCUGCGAGGGCAUCUGCGGAUGCAAGGCUGCGUCUGAGCAUUGCAAGGUCGACCAGGAGAAGCCCCAGACGAACAAAGCCCCCGUCCCGUAUCAGAGCAAGGAUGAGUUGCACGAAUGGACGGAAACGCCUGCAAAAGAAACAAAUACUGAGCCAGCCAAGGAUGAUGGCGGUACUCCAAUGAGAUCUGUGGAAGAUCUCUCUACGGCACUGAUAUGA